AUGGAUGAAAUGACGCUAGAGGUUAGUUUAAAGACAGAAGAUGAUACCUUUAAGGAAAUAACAGUAGAAAAUGACGAGAUAUCUAAUGAUUCUGACAGCGAAGAAGAAAUAAUAAACAUCGAAUGGAAGACAUGUAUUUUCCCAAAGAUAUUCUUUGUGGAUGAACUAUUUUAUAGAAAUGCACCUAGGUGCAAAGUGUACUUUGCGUCUGUGAUUCCAAAGAAAAUGUUGCUAACCAGAAACUUUGUUAUUUUCGGUGCUCUUCUAGUUUCCUGUAUAGAAGCCAGGCCUGCCGACGGAGAUGCUCAGGCGCAAAUAGUUAAGUCCAACAAUGAUUUAAGGCUAGACGGAUACAACUUUGAUUUCGAGACAUCCAAUGGAAUCAAAAGAUCAGAAGCGGGAGUACUCAAACCUGGAACUGGAAAAGACAACGACCAAACUUUAAAUGUAGAUGGUGAAUUUUCAUACACCCUUUUGGAUGGUACCCCUGUCAGUGUCAAAUUUGUAGCAACAGAAGAUGGAUACAGACCUACUGUUGUUAUUGGAUCUCCUAAAUCCGGAAAACGAUAAAAAAUUAUAUAUUUGAACAAAGAGGUAUAUCUUAAAGCUUUUAUCCACCAUGUUUUGUAACAAUAGUUUUUUCUAUUAAAUUUUAAAGCAAACGCAUUAUUUUUAUCUGAAAUUAUCAUAAUUUUAUUGUAAUUUAUUUUCAAUACCUUUCCCAUUAAUCAACAAAGUGGAAAAGAUUGCCUCUUAUAUGAUGUAAAUAUUAUAUUUUGUAAAAAUAACACAUUUCCAAUUAUUUAAAAUACCAGUUGUUGCUACAGAAAUAUUGUUUUGAUACCUAAUAAACCUUGCAAUAAACAA